AGUUGAGCUGCUGGAGUAUGUCCUGGACAUGGGCCCUGUCCUUAAGGGUUACACUGAGACACGCACUCUGAAGAUCACCAACCCUGGGCAGAUCCCAGUGUCCUUCCAGGCCAAUGUAUCUGUCCUGCAGGACACAGGUUUCAGUGUGGACCCGGACCAGAAGAAUGGCCUCCCCCCCAACCACACCGUGGCGUUUGACGUGCGCUUCGAAAGUGCCCACAGGCCACAGGGUGACGUGGAAGUGGUGCUGCCCAUAGAGGUGACACAAGGCCCCACAUAUAACAUCUGUCUCCGUGCCACUGUGUUGGAACUGUCACUCAGCCUCUCCAAGAAGAGACUGCAGUUCUCUGACAUCCUCGUUGGGCAUUGCCAGGUUGAGACCAUCCGACUCUACAACCAGUUCCGAGUACCCUGCAAAUGGUUCAUUACUGCCAGCAAGCCUGUUCUGAAGUCCUUGGUGAAAAUGACUGGGAAUCCUAUCUCUCGGGCUGUCAUGCGCCACCUGGGCAUUGACCCAUCUUCAGGGAGGUGUGAAGCGCAGCAGCACCGAGGGAUUGUUGUCAUUGUCCAUGGGCCACCCCGGGCAGGAAAGACAGAGAUAGCAGCAGGCCUGUGUCAGUAUUACGACGCUGCUUAUGUGUCCAUUGGCACUGUGGUGGAAGAGGCCAUGGCCAACGACCGGAGCCCAGCAGGGCUCUGUGCCCGGGAGCUCUGCACCAAGGCUGCCAAGGAGCUGAAAGACAAAGAUGAAGGUGAUGCUG